UGAUGGCUAGCAAAUCGCUUAUAUUUCUGGGCAUCUGCCUGGCUUUCUUGGACCUACGAGUCUCUGUAGCUCAGCAGAGCAACAAUGUCCUCUUCGAGACGAUCAACUUCCUGCGACGCGGCCAGGCGGAUGUGGAGUUGGAAAACUACGAUAAUAAUCUAGUGCUGGAUAGCGAGUACGAUUUCAUAGUGGUUGGAGCCGGAACAGCGGGUUGUGCCUUGGCCGCCCGCCUCUCGGAGAAUCCCAAGUGGCGGGUUCUCCUCCUGGAGGCCGGUGGUCCCGAGAGACUCGUCAUGGAUGUGCCCAUAGUGGCGCACUUCCUGCAGCUGGGCGAGAUGAACUGGAAGUACAGGACGCAGCCCUCGGAUCACGCCUGCCUGGCGAUGAACAACAAUCGCUGCAAUUGGCCGCGUGGCAAAGUGAUGGGCGGCAGUUCGGUGCUGAACUACAUGAUGUACACCCGUGGCAAUCGCAGGGAUUACGAUCGCUGGGAGUCGCUGGGAAAUCCAGGAUGGAGCUUCAAGGACGUACUGCCGUAUUUCAAGAAGUACGAGGGCAGCUCGGUGCCCGAUGCCGAGGAGGAUUACGUCGGACGCAACGGGCCGGUGAAGGUGAGCUAUGUCAACUGGCGCUCCAAGAUCGCCGAGGCCUUUGUGGAUGCCGCCCAGCAGGAUGGACUGAAGUACCGGGACUACAAUGGCAGGAUUCAGAAUGGCGUAGCCUUUCUGCACACCACCACCAGGAAUUCGACGCGCUGGAGCUCCAAUAGGGCUUAUCUGUAUCCACUGAAGGGCAAGCGCAGCAAUCUGCAUGUGAAGAAGAACGCCCUGGUGACCAAAGUGCUCAUUGAUCCGCAAACGAAGACGGCCUAUGGUAUUAUGGUUCAGACGGAGGGUCGCAUGCAGAAGAUUUUGGCAAGGAAAGAGGUGAUUGUCUCGGCGGGAGCCAUCAAUACGCCGCAAUUGCUGAUGCUAUCGGGUGUGGGACCGGCGAAGCAUCUGCGCGAGGUGGGCAUCAAACCCCUGGCUGAUCUGGCCGUGGGUUACAACCUACAGGAUCACACGGCACCGGCGGUUACCUUCACGACCAAUGCCACAUCGCUGAAGUUCGAGGACUUUUCGGAUCCCACGCUCAUCAAUCGAUUUAAUAGGAUGGAGGGACCGUAUGGUUCGCCCGGCGGCUGCGAGGCCAUCGCCUUCUGGGAUCUGGAUCACGAGCGGGAUGAGGAUGGCUGGCCAGAUAUUGAGCUCUUCCUGGUGGGCGGCUCCAUGUCCUCCAAUCCGGCCAUCUCGCGUGCCUUCGGCCUGAAGAAAUCCAUCUACGACACGCUCUUUGCCGAAAUCGAGGACAAAUCGCUGAAUGCCUUCAUGAUCUUCCCCAUGAUCCUGCGGCCCAAGAGCCGUGGUCGCAUCAUGCUGAAGAGCAGCGAUCCCUUCAAGUAUCCCCUCAUCCAUGCGAAUUACUUUGCCCAUCCCUACGACGUGGACAUCUCGGUCAGGGGUCUCCUGAAGGCCAUCAGCCUGAUGGAUCAGCGGGGCAUGCAGGCGAUCAAUGCCCAGUUGUGGGAGAAGAAGAUACCCACCUGCAAGCAGCAUGCUUAUAAGAGUUGGGCCUACUGGGCCUGCUAUGUGAGGCACUUCACCUUCACAAUCUACCAUUACUCGGGCACCGCCAAGAUGGGUCCCAAAUCGGAUCGGGCUGCGGUGGUGGAUCAUCGCCUGCGGGUGCAUGGAAUCAAGAAUCUGCGGGUGGCCGAUGCCAGCAUCAUGCCCGAGAUCAUGUCCGGACAUCCCAACGGACCCGUCUUCAUGAUCGCCGAGAAGGCGGCCGAUAUGAUCAAGCAGGAUCAUGGCUUCAUCCAGUGAUCUAUGAUGUGUGAUCAAUGAUCUAUGAUCUAUAUGAUCUAUGAUUUAUAUG